UUUAGCAGGCUUAGUAUCUAACUUUUGUCAAAGCUAGCUAACAGUGUUAGCUAGCAUAAAACAUUUCAGUUGAUGUUGCCAUGUAUUCUUUUUUAAAUUUAAUUAUGUCCGUUAAUUAAUCUGUUUUUCUGAUUUUGUUGCCCAAACCAUAUUAGGUCAGCCAUGCCACUGCAGGCCUUCUCCCUCAUUUUCCCCCAAACUCGGCUCUUCAAAGCUAAUAAUUUCAUCUACCAGUUCAAGAUUAAAGGAGGCAGCAGCUUCAGAAGAGAAGAAGUUAUAAGAGGAGACAGCCUCGAUGAGGAACUGGAGGAAAUUAUCAGAACUGUUAUUGGCAACCUGGACAAUCUCCAACCCUUCAGUAGUACCCGCUUCAGUGUCUACCCUUAUAAAAAGCGGUGGAGAGGAGUGUCUAAGGUGGUGCGAAAGCAUGGCGAGAGGAAGCAGAGAGCCUACCCGUUUAGCAUUAUUCUCUACCUGGAGAAAAACAUGCAGAAUGAAAAGCAAGCAGAGCAGGUGCUGAGCUCAGAGACAGAGGCUGCACAGCAGUUCCCCUCUGUUUCUGAGCUCCGAUCAAAGUGCAGUAGAGGACACUCACCACUAGAGGACGCCAUAAUAAAGGGCUUGUCCCAGGACAUGGAGGUUGAAGGCAAGGUUUCUGCUGCUGGCAGGCUCAAAGAAGAUCCAGGACAUCAUGGCAAGAGUACCAGAGGGUUUAAUGAACCCCAGGAGAAAUCAAGUGCCAGCACAGUCAUCGUAAGUGGGACUCCAGGCAAAGUGCAUCCUGGGACAACAGAGCAUGACAUGAGAGAGGAGGAGGAGGGUGACGAGGAGGAAGAAAAUGCCGACUCUGUCCCUGGGACACCUUUGAGGCCAGGGAUUUUGACUCGACUGGCCAGAUCCCUGAGUGGUGUGGUGGAGAGACACAUGGAGACAGGAGGUGUUCCUGGUUUCAGGAGAGAAGACUCACUGGGGUUUGUUUGGUUUAAGUUCUGCAGUGCAAACAAAAAAAGUUAGUUUUUUCAGUAUUUCAUAGAGCUGCUGAGAUUUCUCCUGUUGUUCACUUAUACUAAUGAAAGAUUUUCCUUUACAUGAACUUAUCUAAAAAUAUUAACUAUGGAGAUGGAGCGUCUAAUUAUUCUUUAU